GGACCUAGAGUCAAACGUUGGAGAACUUUACAUGGGCAUCAAUACAUACUGACGUGGCAACUGUCAAGUCAUAGCUCGAGGGAGAAGGUGUGAAAAUGGGUAAUUCUAUUGAGCAGUGGCGUGGAGCCAUUGGGACAUUUAAUCCACGUGGUUCUAUAGACAGAACAGGAGCCGUAGCUGAGGUCCUUAGACAAAAUCCACGAUUAUUGGUGAUCAUUACCGUUCUGUUGAUGAUUGGUGGGAUAGAGUCCAACCCAGGGCCAACAUUUCAAUAUACAGCUUCCCUCGCGCCAGUUGCCGAACGUCACGGCCUUGUCAUAAUUGAGAACAAUGGCAUAGGCGAUUGCCUCUUUGAGUCCCUUGCAGACCAGUUGUUGCUUUUGACGUCAUUGCAGGUUGACAAACACGAUUUGAGACAACGUUUGGUCACGUACAUCAGGGAACAUCCUACUCUGCCGAAUGGUGAACACGUGAUGACCAUGUUUGAUGCUGAGAAGAAUGUAGAAUGGCAGUCAUACUUGGCGAAUCGUGAACAGGCUUUAACAGACGACAUUCAUUCUGAACAACUAGAGUGGUAUACCAACGACUACAUGGCUAAGCCAGGGGUAUGGGGUGACAAUGUGAUCAUAUACGCAUUUACACAACUAUGUGACAUAGAUGUAGUAGUAUAUACCGCUGGGGUUGAUGAACCUUACACAGUUACAGCUAAUGAUGAAAAUGAGGAGAGAAAAAUAGCGAGACUUGGCUACAUUCCCCAUUUUCACUUCGUUAGCUUGUUAGAGAAAAAAUGUGUAGUCGAGAGUGAACUCUCUGAAGAUGAAAUGAAGGAAUAUGAAGUGAAUAAAACGAUGAAUAUACUAUCCAACCUUUUAUCGGGGUUCGGAAAUCAUUUGAACCUAAUUGACGAUGAGAAUGAGAACAAUGGUCUGGAUUCUACACGAGUGCCUAAAACUAAUACUGAAGCUGCAAAAGACUUGGAUCAAGUGAUUAGCAUGCCUGAUCCUGAUAGAGCUGAGCAAAGGAACGAUUUAGAAAACCCGUUAUCUUCUUUAAACGAUUUUGUCAAACAACUGCGGAAGUCAUGCAGACAACACCUCGAGAAAAGAAGUAAUACAUUUAAAAAAGGACUCAAGGAAGAUGGGAGCCAACCUCUUCAAGAGUAUCUGGAUUCUAGGAAAGAUGCAGCAAGUGACUCAGUUAGAGAAUCUUUACUGAAGGAAUUGGAAAUAUUCAAGCAGCUCUGUCAGCUGCCGUUUGCUGACACUAGACAAGCUGUCUCGUGUGAUGAUGUAACCAAGGAAGAUGGCGUCUUGCAACUGGAGAGUCUUCUAAACACACUAGUGAAAAGAGAAGAGAAGACAAUGAAAGCUGAGAAAAAGAAAGGUCCAAACAAUGACGUCAUACAGGAUGACUCUAAUAGGGAAGCUACCUCAGCCAUGUUCGAGUUAGGAAAACAAAUAACAGCAUGCGACCAAAAGAAUCCGGAUGAACUAGCAAAACAGGCACAGUUGAUGGUCGAGUUGGCUGAUCUAUAUGCAGCAUUAGCCAACGAAACGAAAGAUGGCUGGCACUUCGCCUGGGCCGCAGCACUAUACAAUGCUGCGCUAAAACGUCUUCAAAGAGAAAAUCGCUUUGUUGAAUAUGACAAUGAAUUGUUAACUAAGAUAACUGAUGCAUUUCAAAACAUAGAAACCGACUUUCUGCAAGUGGUUCCCAAAAAGAAUAACGAAUCAACGAUCGACUGCACGGAGAGGUACAAGAAAGCUCUUGCUGAACUGAGGGAAUAUUCAAAUAAGACAGUAAAUAGCAUUCACACAGACUAUAUGCAGGUAGACGGUGAAACAUUUGAUAUGAGCAGUGACAAUGAGAUCAAAACGAUAUCACACAGUAAAGAAUACUAUGAUAAACUGACAGGUAAAAUAAUAGAAUUUCACGGGCUUCUGAUAAAAGACUGUAUUUCGGUAUUGGGGAAUCCAAAUUGUAGGUAUGCUUGGUUAGGUCUCGGAUCUCUGGCUAGGAAAGAAGCAACUGCUUGGUCAGAUCUUGAAUCAGCAAUCAUUUAUGACCCUGCAGGUAAGACCGAUGAGGAAAUCAUUGAGCUUAAAAAGUAUUUCCGCGUUCUUGCGCAUUAUCUCCAUCUCAAGAUUAUCAGUUUAGGCGAAACACGUAUCAAUGGUUUAGAUAUUCCCGUGUUGAAUGAUUUCAAUAGCAAACUACCAAUUGACAUGAAAGAUAACGAUUUUUGGGAUGAUGUGACACCACAGGGUUUAUGUUUUGACGGAGCACAACCUAAAGCUAGUAAAACACCUUUCGGGAGGAAGUCAACUAAAGACCCUAAUAAAAGUCCUACAUUUGAAUUGAUCAGGACUUUAGAGGAAAUGGCUGAAUGUCAGUCGGAGGAGGUUUCUAUCAAGGAGGAAGCAAUACAAUCUCUUACUCGGGAAAAAGACAAACUUUCCAUAAAUGUUGAUCAGAAUAGGGAGAAACUUGAUACAAUUCGAAAACGUCUAGCUUCUUUAUAUGAGUCACAGGGCAAAUAUGGGGAAUCUUUAAAGCAGAGUAAUGAACGUUUGGGAAUACUGAAGAAAAAUCAAGACUCAGAUCCUCUUUCAAAAGCCGAUACUUUGAAUGCCCUUGGUAUUGCACAUAAACAGAGAGGUGAGUUAGAUAAGGCGAUCAAAUGUUAUGAAGAGGCACUUGCCAUUCAGAGGAAAAUACAUGGUAACACUCAUCAUCCACAUAUAGCGAAUUCAUUGAAUAAUAUUGGUAGUGCGUACAGCAGUAAAGGUGAGUAUGAUAAAGCCAUUCAAUAUUACGAAGAGAGUCAAACCAUGCAGAGGUUAAUCUACGGGAACCAUCCUCAUCCAGAUAUAGCGAGUUCAUUGAAUAAUAUUGGUAGUGCGUACAGCAGUAAAGGUGAGUAUUGUCAUAAUAUGUAG